CAGCCGAGUGCUGGGCGGCAGAGUGCCAGUUCUCCAAUACUCUGCAUCUGUGACCAUGGAGACAAGCUUCUUUCCUGGCAAUCACUGGCUUUUCUUUUCCGUGUACCUGUUGGUGUUCCUCGUGGGACUCCCCCUCAACGUGAUGGCCCUGGUGGUCUUCGUGGGCAAGCUGCGCCGACGCCCGGUAGCCGUGGACUUACUUUUACUAAACCUGACCAUUUCGGACCUGCUCCUGCUCCUCUUCCUGCCGUUUCGCAUGGUGGAGGCAGCAUGUGGCAUGAGAUGGCUUCUGCCCUUCAUCCUCUGCCCCCUUUCUGGGUUCCUUUUCUUCACCACUAUUUACCUCACCUCCCUCUUCCUGACGGCGGUGAGCAUCGAACGUUUUCUGAGCGUGGCCUACCCACUGUGGUACAAAACCCGGCCCCGGCUGGCCCAGGCUGGUCUGGUCAGUGUCGUCUGUUGGUUCCUGGCAUCAGCUCACUGUAGCGUGGUUUACGUCACUGAAUACUGGGGAAAUGUAACCUACAGCCAGGGGACCAAUGGAACCUGCUACCUGGAAUUCCGGGAGGACCAGCUGGCCAUCCUCCUGCCUGUGCGACUAGAGAUGGCUGUGGUCCUUUUCAUGGUGCCCCUGUGUAUCACGAGUUAUUGCUACAGUCGCCUGGUAUGGGUUCUGAGCCGGGGGGCCAGCCGGCGCCGGCGCAAGAGGGUAAUGGGGCUUCUUGCAGCCACACUGCUCAUCUUCUUCGUCUGCUUCGGCCCCUACAAUAUGUCCCAUGUGGUGGGCUACGUCCGCAAUGAGAGUCCGACCUGGCGGAGCUACGUGCUCCUCCUCAGCACCCUCAACUCUUGUAUUGACCCCCUGGUUUUCUACUUUUCGUCCUCCAAGUUCCAAGCCGACUUUCAUCAGCUCCUGGGGAGGCUGAUCAGAGCUUGUGUGCCUUGGACUCAGGAAGUCAGCUUGGAACUGAAGGUAAAGAACGGAGAAGAGCCAUCCAAGGAGUGUCCGAGCUAGAGAAAUGAGUGGACCGCAGGAGGGGGUGGAACCAUUGGCUCAGUGCUUUGGCUGACAAGAGAGCUAUCCAGGGGCAGGAAGGAGUAGGCUCCUGUGUGUCUGCAGAUCAUUCCCUAGCUCAGAUGGACUAGAGUGCACUGUUACAGGCUGCAGACAUUGCUGUCAUUCAGAUUGACCUGGGCGCGCUCACAUUCGGGGCUCUCCAUGCCGCUGCCCUCCUUCCUAUCCUCUCAUAAGCCCUGGAUUUCACUCUGAAAAGUUGUGGGGAUGAGAGACUUCUCUAGAAGAGCCAAGUCUCUGCCUUGGCCAUCCAGCUUCAGAGCCUCCCAGGGUGGAAAAGGGAGGGAUUGCCCAGGGCUGGAACUGAGCUUGGGGUGUGGGUGUUGGGGGGUGCGGGGUUGUAAGUCCCUGACUCCUCCUAGCUCCUCAGAAUGGGGGAGUUGGGAUUCCAGGGGUUGGGGAACAACCUGCCCUUGUGAGAGUUUUCCAGACAGUUCUCACUCUUCUGUAAAUUCACAUCUUCUGGGAUGCUUAUGAACAAUGGCAGGCAAUUAGAAAAAUUAUCCAAAUAAAUUCGGUACCUAG